AUGUCAGCCGUAGGUUCUUUGAUCUUCUGUACAUCUUGUGGUAACUUAUUGGACUCCACAGGAUCCAAACAAUCCAUUGAGUGUAAAGUAUGUUCUGCAUCAUACGAUGCAUCUGCGUUUUCCAAUCUUAAGGUUGUCACUCAGUCUGCAGAAGAUGCCUUUCCAUCCAAGUUAAGGAUGAAUAGAUCUGUUGUUAAGACUUCUUUGAAGCAAGAUGAGUUAGAAGAAGGUGCUACUAUCAAGGAAAAAUGUCCAAAAUGUGGAAACGAAGAAAUGCAAUAUCAUACCUUACAACUUAGAUCCGCCGAUGAAGGUGCUACGGUCUUUUAUACUUGCACAGGUUGUGGAUACAGAUUCAGAACCAAUAAUUAA